CAGACAACGGGUAUUUAACAAUCUGGCUUGUAGAGAUCGUAAGAGUAAACUUUCCUGAUACAAACGCUCAUUUCUGCCCAACGUACGAUUCAAUGCAAUUCAAUGUCGGGUUUCUAGACAAAGCUAAUUUGUUCUGAAUGAUCACUUUAUCAUGCAAGCCAUUGUAGUGACAGUGAGAUAUUAAUAUGUGUCACCAGGGGAACAAAUGUUCGCGCUCACGUUUCCAUUUGAUGGAGGCUCUUGAAUGUAGAUGUUGCUCAUUCUGUCGUUGAGAUCAACGAACAACUAGAAACCGGAAAUCCGUUGUUUUUUCAGCAGUAGAAUAGAUAGCUAAUUUACUUUUUUUCGAGAAUUCAGCACUAAGUGGUUUGCAAAGAUGUAGAGAUGAAUGUCUACAUUUCUUGCUAACCCAGAUUACUGUCAACCGCCCUGUUGUUUAAUCAUGGGUGCUUUAUUUACCUCGAGUCAAUGGGGGUGAAGGAUAUUUGCCAAAUCAAUGCUUGGAAGCGUUUUUCCCUAAUAUUAGUUCGAGGGUGAUAUUUUUCAAAUAGUAACGAACUAUUAUUACAUAUUUGUAGGAAAAUCACGUAAUUACACAAAUCUGUUAAAAUAUAGAUGAAUCAUUAUUUUCAUAUUCUUGAAAAAAAAAGUGGUCCGUGUGUUACAUUAUAAACAAUCCCAUUAAAACAUCGCACAGAACAUAAAUUUGCUUGAAGGAGGCUUGCACAUUUAUAUCAAGAAACCCCUCAUUAUGAAAGAUAUAUGAAAAAGAAGAGAGUCACAAAUACUAGUAAAUUAGAAUUAUUUCUCAAGUAGUGAGUGAAAUCCGCUCAAAAUGCGGUUUUACCAAAGACGUUACAGGGAACUAACCCGUUGAUAUUUCCUACCGGAGCUAUUUUGUAGAGGACCCACUGGGAACUUUAUGGUUUGAAGUUUAUGAACGCAACAAGGUUUUUGUCAAUAAAGUGUGAUAAUGGCUGCAUCAGGUCCCAAUAAGGACAUCAGAGCUGGGUGUAAGAAAUGUGGUUAUCCGGGCCACCUGACGUUCGAGUGCCGUAACUUUGUGCGUGUGGACCCCCGGAAAGACAUUGUCCUGGACGUGAGCAGUACAAGCAGCGAAGAGAGUACGGAGGACGAGCAGGAGGAUCUGCCUAACGACAAGCUGGGCCGGGGAGGAAAAGACUCAAAAGGUUCCCAGGAGGACACCAGGAAAAUUAAACACAAGAGGAGGAAAAGUAAAGACAGAAAGUCUGAAAGGAAGAGGUCCUUUUCAUCAAGUGACGAAGAAGAGAGCAAGAAGAGAAAGAAACACAAAAGCCACAAGAAAAAGGGCAAGAAGGAAAAGAAGGAACGUCACAAGAAGAAGCAGAAGAAGAAACAUGAUUCUUCCUCAUCUGACAGCUCCAGCAGGUCCUCUGACACUGAUUGAGAAGAUGGAACAUUUAGGGACAGAUUUGCUGAGUAUUUGCACCUGUCAUUUAACAGAGGAAUCAAACUAAGACAUGGGAAUGUAUUUAGACACACUUUACCAUAAAAUAUGAUAGAGGUUUUUUUCAACUUUAAUUUUAAAUGUUGUUCUAUGAUUUAUGUCCUAUGGAAAGUAAUAGGUGCAGACACUGAGUGUGUCUGGCCCUCGCGUUUCACAGAUUCAAGGUCUGGUCAAUAUAGCCUCUGCUACAAAUGAAACAAUGGACCCACAUUUACUGUUACUUGUUUGACUUUGGUGAAUGCUGAAAGUAUAUUUGUUGUUAUUGAUGGAAUUUGUUAUUAAAGGUAUUCUAUACAUAGAAA